AUGAUGUUGCUCCGAAAACUCUUGUUCUAUUUGCAUUUCGGACUAGUCUUUCACGCUGUUAUUUGCUUAAAGGAUACUGUUGAUGUUCCUCGGUUCGAAAAUAGCCUAAGCAAUAUAACCGUUUCACUAGGAAGAGAGGCCAUAUUUACCUGCGUUGUCAAUGACCUUGGUUCUUACAGGGUCGCGUGGCUACGUGUGGACACUCAGACGAUAUUGACCAUAGCGACUCAUGUCAUCACCAAGAACCACAGAAUUGCUGUGAACCACAGCGAUCGUCGUGUCUGGUUCCUACAUAUACACGAGGUGCGACAAUCAGAUCGCGGCUGGUACAUGUGCCAGCUCAAUACAGACCCGAUGAAGAGUCAAACCGCCUAUUUGGAUGUUGUUGUGCCCCCGGAUAUUUUGGAUUAUCCAACAAGCAGCGACCAGGUAGCGAGGGAAGGUGCAAAUAUUACGUUAAGAUGCGCCGCGCACGGUGUACCCACACCUACCGUGGUUUGGAGAAGAGAGUCUGGUGAUUUACUGCCAACAACAAAUUUUAGUGACAUGCAGAAUCAUUCGAUAAGUGGUUCCAUGCUACAAUUAGUAAAAAUAUCACGACUGCACAUGGGCGCUUACCUUUGUAUCGCCAGCAACGGAGUACCGCCGUCUGUGAGCAAGCGAGUCAUGUUGAUUGUGCAUUUUCCGCCAAUAAUGACGAUACAAAAUCAAUUGAUUGGAACUAUGGAAGGCGACUCGGUGACUUUAGAGUGCCAUUCAGAAGCAUUCCCCAGGUCAAUCAACUAUUGGACAAUUAACGGUCACAUUAUAUCUCAAAGCGAUAAAAGAUAUGAGAUAGUGACAGUUGAUCGAGGUUAUGAAGUCAAUAUGAAAUUGAAAAUAAAAAAAGUGAAGAGGGACAACUUCGCGACAUAUACUUGCAUAUCAAAAAAUUCACUUGGCGACACUGAUGGCACAAUAAAAUUAUAUCCAAUUUCCGGUAAAUACGAAGAAUUGCCAUACAAUGAGUUGAAUGUACUCGAUGAAAGUCCUGACGUCAGUGAACUUGAAGCCCUAAAGCGAAGACCCCCGGUGGGAGCGAUAUACGACCCUUCCUCGCCCGGAUGGAUAAGACCGUUGCGCGGGCGAUGUUUGACAACGGUCGCUUACGGCCAAAGGGUAGAAUAUAUCAAGUAC